AUGGGCGGUAUUGGGAAGACCACACUUGCUAAGCUGGUGUAUAAUGAUAGGAGAGUGGUGGAAUUUUUUGACCUUAAAGCAUGGGUUUGUGUUUCAAAUGAAUUUGAUCUUGUCAGGAUAACGAAAACCAUUCUUAAGGCAAUUGAUUCUGGGACUUCUGAUGACAAUGAUUUCAAUCUGCUUCAACAUAAAUUGGAGGAGAGACCUACGAGGAAGAAAUUCUUACUUGUCCUUGAUGAUGUUUGGAAUGAAGACUAUAAUGAUUGGGAUUCGCUGCAAACUCCAUUAUUCAAUGUUGGUCUAUAUGGAAGUAAGAUUAUUGUAACUACACGUAUCAAUAAGGUUGCAGCAGUCAUGCAUUCAGUUCAUACUCAUCAUUUGGCAAAGUUAUCCUCUGAAGAUUGCUGGUCCCUAUUUGCAAAACAUGCAUUUGAAAAUGGAAAUUCUAGUCCACAUCCAAAGCUAGAAGAAAUUGGCAAAGAAAUUGUAAAAAAGUGUGAUGAAUUGCCUUUAGCUGCAAAAACCCUUGGGGGUGCCUUAUACUCAGAAGGUCGAGUAAAAGAAUGGGAAAAUGUGUUGAACAGUGAAACGUGGGAUUUACCAAAUAAUGCAAUUCUUCCUGCCUUGAUCUUGAGCUACUAUCAUCUUCCUUCACAUCUAAAACCAUGUUUGGCAUAUUGUUCUAUUUUUCCUAAAGACUACCAAUUUGAGAAGGAAAACUUGAUUUUAUUGUGGAUGGCAGAAGGGUUUUUGCAACAAUAA